UUUGACUUCACAUCACAUGACCUCUUCUCCCCCACACACACAGUCAGCAUGCCGUUUCAGAAGGAGAACUUUGUGAUGAUCCAGUCCAAUUGUGUGAGGAAGCCACAAAGCUCCGCCUUCCUCUCGGGUCGUCUAUCCCUGUCCACCUACCCACCCCUCGGCUACAUCCAUCACACAUGGAGGACUCACAGACUGGCCAGAGCUCAAGUCUGUCACGAGGAAGAACGUGGUUGAAGUGCGGAGAAUGGCCCCCCACCCCACUCUGGCUUAUUUAUGGAGUGACUGACAACAGUGGCAAGUUGUCGCUAUGGCAAGGGAUACACACAGCUGCCCGCAAGCCCUACCACUCUCUCUACUCUGGUAUGAAGCAUCUCAGUGACUUUCUGUUCCUCGGCUCCUCCAGUUUCAUAGCAACCUGCGGGGACGGCAGCGACAACAGACAUGUUUUCUUGUGGGACACGCUUUUACCGACAAAGUCAAGUGUUGUGAAAGAGUUUGUGUGUCAUGAAUCCGGUGUGGUUUCCCUUGGUUACUCGCAAGCCAAACAGCGGCUGUUUUGUGGUGACAGACGAGGAGAAGUGCUCAUAUUCGACCUUUGGCAAAUGUGUCUGUUACAGAGUCUGACUGUUCAUAGCUCCGCUGUCAACAGGAUCAUCGUGGACGAUAUCGAUGGCUUUAUUGCCACUGGCUCUGCUGAUGGGGACAUCAAGGUUCUGGACAGCAAUUCAUUUGAGGAGCUCGCCUCGUACCCAGGCCUCCACGCCAAGUCCAGACUCUUCCGACAGACGGAAGGAGGCGUAACCGACCUGGGAAUAUUGCCUGGGGGUAGAUUGUACUCUUGUGGUGCAGACGGUAGUGUGAAAUGUCAAACUGUAGUGUUAUGAUUUUGUGUGUGUUUGUGUUCUGUAUAAUACGUUCUGUGCCCAUUAUUAUGUCUGAGUGAGUUUGGAUUCAAAAUGUACAUUUCUCUAUGUUUUUGGUCAAUUCAA